AUGUCCAUCAACUACAAAAGCCUGUUGAAUGAAAUGGCAAUGACCAGACACUGGACGACGAGCUCAAGUAACGAACAAGAUUCUUAUCACGCUGGCCCCGGCUACAACGCCAAGAGCACGCUUCAAGAAACCUUGGCGGCCCGGUCAUUGCCAGCCCCCAUCUACGAGCAUCGAGCCUCUGGACCCGAGCAUAGCUUGGCCUGGACUAGCACGUGUAGGCUUUACGACCAGUCUGUCUACACGGGCUACGGCGUCUCAAAGAAAAUGAGCGAACAAAACGCGGCCCACAACGCUGUGCAAGGCCUCAAAGACAGUGCUCCCACGCGGCCCGCACCAUUUUAUGCCGCAGCACCAGUACCUGAUGAGUCGCGCUUCAGCUCAGCCAGGGCCGAGGGCACGAAUAACUACGAAGAGACAGCAGAUGACUUUGAGGACCAAUAUCGAGCACCAUCAGCCCCACCAGUACCAAAGACCAGGGACUACAAAUCAAUGCUCAACCAGCUUCUACAACGCCUCGAUUGUAUCGUCGCCGACUUUGCGGACGCAGAGACAAAUGUUCCUGGAGUACACAUCCGGUCCAUCGGUGUCUAUGUGAAAUCCCGCAAUCAAGUUUUUUUGGGCGUGGGGUCAGCCGCGACGAAACGCGACGCUGAUCAACGGGCAGCCAAGGAUCUCCUUCACAAGUUGAAACGCACCACUAAGUAA